UCCUCAACCCACUGCUCUUCUGGGCUCUGAACUCCUUCCUGGAGAGCUGGAGUUGCCUUCGAAGUUGCCCUCCCUUCUGGACCCCUCCAGGAAGUUACAUAUGCCCAGCUGGGGCACAACCCCAGCUGAUGCCCCAGAGAGGCCACACGUCUCAGGAGAGGCUUUGGGCCCUGCCCUCCCUCCCCAUGGCAUAUGGGCCAGAACCUGACGCUGAGGGAUUGCUGGACCUCAGCUUCCUGACAGAGGAGGAGCAGGAGGCCAUCGCUGAUGUCCUCAAACGAGAUGCCCGCCUGCGCCAACUGGAGGAGGGACGGGUCAGCAAGCUCCGAGCCUCGCUGGCAGACCCCGGGCAGCUGAAGAUCCUGACGGGGGACUGGUUCCAGGAAGCGCGGUCCCAGCGGCAUCACCAUGCCCAUUUUGGGUCUGACCUUGUUAGGGCCUCCAUCCGCAGGAAGAAGACCUCCAGGGGAGACCAGACUCUGGGAAGUGAUGGUGAGGCAGAGGCUGCUGGGAUAGACACUGCUGAGGAAGAGCCAGAGCCGAGGGUCUCCAUAGAGAUGGCUGCUCCAGAGAGACACAGCGAGGCCCAAGGACCUGAUUUUCCCUCAUCAUAUGUAGCCUCAAAGACUUCAGAUCAUGAGGAGGAGCCCCAGGCUCAGGAAGGGGGUGUGCAGGUGGCAGAGACAGACCCGGCGCUGGAUCCUGAGCCGAGGGCGGAGCAGGAGUCCUGGCCCUCUGCAGCACAGAUCAAGGCGACCUCCGAGAUCCAGGAGAAUGGGGAAGAGGCCCCAGGACUCGGCCCUUCCCUCAACCGUAUGCUCAGCAGCAGCUCCUCUGUGUCCAGCCUCAAUUCCUCCACGCUGAGCGGCAGCCUGAUGAGUCUGUCGGGGGAACCUGAGGCUGGCACCGUGCAGGUGCGGGGUUCGGUGCACUUCGCACUGCGCUACGAGCCGGGCGCUGCCGAGCUGCGAGUACAAGUGAUUCAGUGUCAGGGACUGGCGGCCGCCAGGCGUCGCCGCUCCGAUCCCUACGUGAAAACCUACCUCCUCCCGGAUAAGCAGAACAAGCGCAAGACGUCGGUGAAGAAACGGAAUCUGAACCCCAUCUUCAACGAGACUCUGCGGCACUCCGUCCAGCAGGCUGAUCUCCCAGGACGGGUACUGAAGCUGUCCGUGUGGCACCGCGAAAGUCUGGGUCGCAACAUCUUUCUGGGAGAGGUCGAAGUACCCCUAGACACGUGGAACUGGGAUGCUGAGGCUACCUGGCUCCCCCUACAGCCCCGGGUUCCCCCAUCUCCAGACGAGCUUCCCAGCCGUGGACUGCUCUCUCUGUCCCUCAAGUACAUCCCUGCCGGCUCAGAGGGAGGAGGACAGCCUCUGAGUGGGGAGCUACACUUCUGGGUAAAGGAAGCUCAGGGCCUCGUGCCACUGCGGCCAGGAUCCCUGGACACUUACAUACAAUGCUCAGUGCUACCUGACGACAGUCGGGCCAGCCGGCAACGCACAAGAGUGAUCCGGCGAAGCCUCAGCCCUGUGUUCAACCACACCAUGGUUUAUGAUGGCUUCGGGCCUGCCGACCUACGCCAAGCCUGUGCUGAGCUCUCCCUGUGGGACCACGGUGCCCUGGCCAGUCGCCAGCUGGGGGGCACACGCCUCAGCCUUGGUACAGGCAGCAGCUAUGGGCUCCAAGUGCCCUGGAUGGAUUCCACACCUGAGGAAAAGCAGCUGUGGCAGACACUCCUGGAGCGGCCAUGUGAGUGGGUGGAUGGCCUUCUGCCCCUCAGAACCAAUCUGGUCCCCAGGGCAUAGCCCUGUCAAACCCCUCUAUGUACCCCACCA